CUCUCGACCCGAGGAGAGACUGCAACAAAGCAAGGGGAGGGUUGCGAGCGACUGAGAGACAUUGGAGGGAAAGCGGAGAUGGAUCGAUCGUUGCGGAAUCGCGGGUCCGCGAUCCUGUUGGGUCUCUUGCUUGGAUCUUUGUUUGCAUUCUCAAUUGCAAAAGAAGAGGCCAUCAAGUUGGGAACAGUUAUUGGGAUAGAUCUUGGCACCACCUACUCUUGUGUUGGUGUUUACAAAAAUGGUCAUGUGGAGAUCAUAGCCAAUGACCAAGGAAACCGUAUCACCCCUUCUUGGGUGGCUUUCACUGACUCUGAGAGAUUAAUUGGUGAAGCUGCAAAGAAUCAGGCAGCUGUGAACGCCGAAAGGACCAUUUUUGAUGUUAAAAGACUUAUCGGAAGAAAAUUUGAGGACAAAGAAGUCCAAAGGGACAUGAAACUUGUCCCAUACAAAAUCAUUAACAAAGAUGGCAAACCUUAUAUCCAAGUCAAGAUCAAGGAUGGGGAGGUUAAAGUUUUCAGUCCUGAGGAAAUCAGUGCAAUGGUUCUGACAAAGAUGAAGGAGACAGCAGAGGCUUUCCUCGGAAAGAAAAUUAAGGAUGCAGUGGUGACUGUUCCGGCUUAUUUCAAUGAUGCUCAAAGACAGGCAACCAAGGAUGCCGGCAUAAUAGCAGGAUUGAAUGUGGCUAGAAUAAUCAAUGAACCAACAGCUGCUGCUAUAGCAUAUGGCAUGGACAAGAAGGGUGGUGAGAAGAACAUCCUUGUUUUCGAUCUUGGUGGUGGAACAUUUGAUGUUAGCAUCUUGACAAUUGACAAUGGAGUUUUUGAAGUUCUGGCCACAAAUGGUGACACUCAUCUGGGAGGUGAGGACUUUGAUCACAGAAUUAUGGACUACUUCAUUAAAUUGAUCAAGAAGAAGCAUGGAAAGGACAUCAGCAAGGAUAACCGUGCUCUUGGGAAGUUGAGGAGGGAGUCUGAGCGUGCCAAGAGAGCCUUGAGUAACCAGCACCAAGUCCGUGUUGAGAUUGAAUCACUCUACGAAGGCUUGGAUUUCUCCGAGCCUCUGACUCGUGCCCGUUUCGAGGAGUUGAACAACGACCUAUUCAGGAAGACCAUGGGGCCUGUGAAGAAAGCUAUGGAAGAUGCUGGGCUGGAGAAGAACCAGAUUGAUGAGAUCGUUCUCGUCGGUGGGAGCACUAGGAUUCCAAAGGUCCAACAACUUUUGAAGGAUUACUUCGAUGGAAAAGAGCCAAACAAGGGGGUCAACCCAGAUGAGGCUGUAGCAUAUGGUGCAGCUGUGCAGGGAGGCAUUCUGAGCGGAGAAGGUGGCGAAGAAACCAAAGACAUUCUUCUUUUGGAUGUGGCACCUCUUACACUCGGGAUUGAGACUGUUGGUGGGGUGAUGACGAAGCUAAUCCCAAGGAACACUGUCAUUCCAACCAAGAAGUCUCAGGUUUUUACCACUUACCAAGACCAGCAGACUACAGUCUCCAUCCAGGUCUUCGAGGGUGAGAGGAGUCUCACAAAGGAUUGCAGACUGCUUGGGAAGUUUGAUUUAUCUGGCAUUGCACCGGCGCCAAGGGGCACACCUCAAAUAGAAGUUACUUUCGAGGUUGAUGCCAACGGCAUUCUGAAUGUUAAGGCAGAAGACAAAGGCACUGGCAAAUCGGAGAAGAUCACUAUCACCAACGAGAAGGGUCGCCUCACCCAGGAAGAGAUCGAGCGCAUGGUUCAGGAGGCAGAGGAGUUCGCUGAGGAGGACAAGAAGGUGAAGGAGAAGAUCGACGCUCGUAACCAGUUGGAGACAUAUGUCUACAACAUGAAGAACACCAUCAACGAGAAGGACAAGCUUGCCGACAAAAUCGAGACCGAAGAGAAGGAAAAGAUAGAGGCAGCACUGAAGGACGCCCUGGAGUGGCUCGACGACAACCAGAGUGCCGAGAAGGAGGAUUACGAGGAAAAGCUCAAGGAGGUUGAAGCUGUUUGCAACCCGGUCAUCUCUGCAGUGUAUCAGAGGUCUGGUGGAGCACCCGGAGGUGGCGCAGAUGGCGGUGAUGAUGACGAUUCACACGACGAGCUUUAAGCAGCAGACCUUCUGAUCAUGACCCCAUGGGAGGAGGAGAGGGGGAAUUCGAGGUCGAGCACUCUUUCCUUCUGUAUUUUUGUAUUAGCUGAAGGAUUGGUACUUUGUUCCGGAAUUCUUUUGGAGCUUAGAGUAAAUUCUGCUUUUAUAAUCAAACAUUUUGUUAAUUUGGAUUUACGCUUUUAUCUAGCUUUCAAAAUAUUGGAU